UCCACAUCCGGCCGGGCGUGGGGAACCCAGUUGGCCUUGGCCGCCGUCCCGGGCCCGGCCAACCCCAACGACCGUCCCCGAUUUCGAUCUCAUUUCCGUCGUGGUCGCCGCCCACGACUCCACCAUUUUCACGCACGCCACCCCGCGGCCGCCGCCCCUAGCCGCGCCCCCCUCACCUUCGUCAAACCGACGACUGGGCGGCGAGAGCCGGAUCGAACAAUUCGGGGGAAAACAAUCUAGGGAUACACAUCCGCAGCGAGAUCGGCACAAUGGAGGGAAGCAACCACGGGGGGCAGGGGCAGCCGCCGCACCAGUACCACCAGUACCCGCCGCAUCCGCAGCCGGAGCCCUACCCGUACCCCUACCAGCACCAGCAGUACCCGCCGCCGUCCGCCGCGCCGGCGUCCCCCUACCUCGCUCCCUCGACCUCCUUCCCGGCCUACUCCCCCGCGCCGCCGCAGCAGUUCGCGCACCACUCCGGCCCUCUCCAGCCCUACCCGCCGCCGGCGCCGCACCAGCAGCAGGCCUACCCUCCGCAUCCGCAGCACGCGUACCCGCCGCACUCGCAGCAGCACGGGUACCCACCGCCGUCUCCCUCGCCGUACGGUUACGACCCCUACCCGGCGUACCCCUCCUACCCGAGCCCGGCGCACCCCUCCUACCCGAGUCCAGAGAUCUCCCAUAGCUCCAGCUUCCACCACCAGCCCCAUCCCUCGGCCCCAGACCCCACCGCGGCCUCCUACCCGAGUCCGGCGAUCUCCCAUAGCUCCAGCUUCCACCACCAGCCCCAUCCCUCGGCCCCCGCGGCCUCCUACCCGAGCCCGGCGGUCUCCCAUAGCUCCAGCUUCCACCACCAGCCCCAUCCCUCGGCCCCUGAAUCCCCCGCGGCCUACUACCCGAGUCCGGCGAUCUCCCCUAGCUCCAGCUUCCACCAUCAGCCCCAUCCCUCGGCCCCCGAAUCACCCGCGGCCUCCGCACUGCACUAUCCCAUCGUCGAUGGGUUCGCCAACAUGCACCUCUCCGGCCGCCAUGACUACACGCCGGCGCCCAUGUCGUCACCCUCCGUACUACCGCAUUCUGCCUCCUUCUCAAACGGUGGAGGGAUGCAGAUGGUGCCGUACGGUACUGUGGCCGGAGGGUCACAGCAUGGCAGCAUGAGGGCGUCGCUGAAAGUGGUGCUGCUCCAUGGCAGCCUCGACAUUUGGGUGCACGAGGCCAAGAACCUCCCCAACAAGGACAUGUUCUCCAAGAGGGUCAGCGAGCUCCUCUCCGUAGGCGGCAAGUCCAACUCUAAAAUGACAAGCGACCCCUACGUCACCAUCCAGGUCUCCUAUGCCACCGUCGCUCGCACCUACGUCGUUUCCAAUAGCGAGAACCCUGUUUGGGCGCAGAACUUCCAUGUGCCUGUUGGCCAUGAGGCUGCUGAGGUUGAGUUCGUCGUCAAGGACAGCGAUGUCUUCGGAGCUCAGCUCAUGGGAACUGUGGCCAUCCCUGCCGAGAAUCUCCUUUCUGGGGACAGGAUUGAGGGCAUCUACCCUGUGCUAGAGCCCAAUGGCAAGCUGUGCGCUCCUGGUGCUGUAUUACAGCUCUCUAUUCAGUACAUCCCAGUGGCUCGCCUUACAAUGUACCACCAUGGUGUCAUUGCUGGUCCGGACUGCCUUGGAGUGCCCAAUACUUACUUCCCGCUACGCCGUGGCAUGAGGGUGACCCUCUAUCAGGAUGCACAUGUGCCCGAUGGUUCUCUCCCAGAUAUCUGGCUUGAUCAUGGAUUGCGCUACCAACAUGGGCAAUGCUGGCGUGACAUGUACAAUGCCAUAAGCCAGGCACGGCGGUUGAUUUACAUUGUGGGUUGGUCAGUGUUCCACACGAUCGACCUCAUACGGGAUGGAGCUGAGAAGGCACCAUCACUUGGGGACCUGUUGAAGAUGAAGUCGCAGGAAGGCGUUAGGGUAUUGCUUCUUGUAUGGGAUGAUCCAACAUCAAGGAGUAUUCUCGGCUUUAAGAUGGAUGGUUUCAUGGGCACACGAGAUGAGGAAACACGUCGGUUUUUCAAGCACUCUUCAGUUCAAGUAUUGCUUUGCCCAAGAUCUGCUGGGAAGCGUCACAGCUGGGUGAAACAGCAGGAAACAGGAACCAUUUUUACUCAUCAUCAGAAAACAGUUAUUGUGGAUGCUGAUGCCGGCAAUUAUAGGAGAAAAAUAAUUGCUUUUGUCGGAGGUCUUGAUUUGUGUGGUGGGCGCUAUGAUACACCUGGGCAUCCUCUGUUUCAGACUCUUCAAACUUCACACAAGGAGGAUUAUUACAAUCCAAACUUUGCUACAGUUGAUGCCCGUGGCCCAAGGGAACCAUGGCAUGACUUGCAUUCCAGGAUCGACGGUCCAGCAGCUUAUGAUGUUCUGAAGAACUUUGAGGAGCGUUGGUUGAAGGCAUCCAAACGCCAUGGGAUUAAAAAGUUGGGGAAAUCAAACGAUGAUGCACUUCUCAAGAUUGAAAGAAUACAUGAUAUUGUAAACAUUGAUGAUGCAAUUUAUUUUAGCGACAAUGACCCAGAGACAUGGCAUGUUCAGGUGUUUCGCUCUAUUGACUCAAACUCUGCCAAGGGAUUUCCAAAGGACCCACGAGUAGCAACCAUGAAGAAUCUUGUCUGUGGGAAGAAUGUACUAAUUGAUAUGAGCAUACAUACAGCUUAUGUGAAUGCCAUCAGGGCAGCCCAACACUUUAUUUACAUUGAGAACCAAUACUUCAUCGGUUCUUCAUUUAAUUGGGAUUCAAACAAAGAUAUUGGGGCUAACAAUUUGGUACCAAUUGAAAUUGCUCUCAAAAUUGCAAACAAGAUUAAGGCAAAAGAGAGGUUUUCUGCAUACAUAGUAGUUCCUAUGUGGCCCGAGGGUAAUCCAACUGGUGCUCCUACACAAAGAAUUCUUUACUGGCAGAACAAAACAAUGCAAAUGAUGUAUGAGACAAUAUAUAGGGCCUUGAAAGAAGUAGGUCUGGAUGAUAUAUAUGAGCCUCAGGAUUAUUUGAACUUCUUUUGUCUUGGCAAUCGUGAAAUUGGGGACAGCCCUAGUACUCCAAGUACUGCAAAUAAUCCUCAGUUUCAACACGCUAUGCUGGCUCUAACCUGCAGUUUUGGUUUGUUCCAGAUCAAGCUAGGAAAAAUAGGAGAUUCAUGGUUUAUGUACAUUCAAAAGCUAAUAUCAACCAGAGGUCGAUGGAAGGGAUCAGAGAUACUGAGAUUGCAAUGGGAGCAUAUCAACCACAGUAUACAUGGGCAAAUAAAAUUUCUGCUCCCCGUGGACAGAAGACAGAUUUAUGGCUACAGAAUGUCCCUCUGGGCUGAGCAUAUUGGAAUUAUCGAGGAAGACUUUAACCAUCCAGAGAGCCUAGAGUGCAUGAGGCGGGUUCGUCAACUCGGGCAACAUAACUGGGAUCAGUUCUUUGCCAAUGAGGUGACUGAGAUGAGAGGCCACCUCCUCAAGUACCCUGUAAGUGUUGACCGUAAAGGCAAGGUGAAACCCUUGCCAGGAUGUGCGACAUUCCCAGACAUGGGCGGAAACAUUUGUGGCUCCUUCACGGCCAUCCAGGAAAACCUCACAAUAUGAAUUCUGCUUAUGCAAGAAUGCAAUUGUUGGUGACUUCUUGGGUAUUCUGGACAACAGAGAUGCCGAAGUAGCACUUUCUGGUUCCUGAUAACAUAGGUAGGGAGAGAAUUUCGCAAGCCAAUAUGUAGGUAGCAGGCAAGUAGGGCAAGUUGGAAACAAGGAAAAAAAAUUCAAGUCAUUUCUGCCUUUUGGUUGUUCCCGUCUUAACUAAUCAUGUUCCUUUUACAUGUAUUCGGUCCCUGUAUAGGUAAGAUGAUUACAUGCUGGAUCCCUCUGAAGGGAACCUGGCGUUUGUAGCAAGUGACAACCACCAAGAGAAAUAGUAGUAUGUUAUAAUUUGAUGAAACUAAGUUUCUAGUGCAAAA